AGCUCUAAAUUUUUCAAAAAGAUUGCGUAUAGAUUUAUAACAAAAUUAAAAUUAAUUUUAAAUUAUUUUGUGAACUUUCCUUUUUUGUUAAAAGAUACUAUGGUCAGUGAAUUGAACCGCCCGAAAAAUUUUAGUAAAAUGAAGUCACAAAAAUCACAUAGCAGAUCGAGGCGCAAUAAACUGUCUUUGUCCAAGGACCAAGGAUUAAAAAGUCCCAAAAAGGAACACCAAGUUCGUGACAAUGAAAUGGAUAAUACAAAUAGAAAAAUCAAAUCAGGGAGUUGGAAACGGACAACCUGUCAUUGGGAUUUACCAAGUAAUUCAAAAUUUAAACCAAUCAAUAACAUCAAUGAGCAAGCAUAUCCGUCGUUGCCCGUUAAAUCCCAUCAACCCCGUAUUUUAUACUCCAACGUACUCUUUAGCGGAGAAAAACUUAAAACCCCAGUGAAAAUUAAAAAUCUUACACCAAGACAUUCAGUCAAAAUUAAUUCAAGUCGAAGUCGAAAACGUCUCAUUUCGGUGGAAAGGGUACCUCCAAAUAAUAGCAAGGAUAAAUGCACUUCAAGAAUAAAUUGUUUUAAGUCUGCUGAAAAACCCAUUAAUAACAAUAUCCCAAAGUCAUCAGGUGAUUUGGAAAAAUGUAUUAACAAUUUAUUCAAAAGUCUCAGCAUCAGUAUUCCUUCAUGGAAUUUCGAAGAUUAUGGGCAAUUCAACGAUAAUUCGGAAUAUGUUUGUCGUUUCGAUGAUUAUAAUUAUUUGGUUUGUGAAAAUGUAGCUCUUGUUGGUCUAAGAUUAGCUUCUGAUGGUAAAUUUAAAUCUUAAAUCUGUUGUUUAAUAAAGAGAUUGAUUUUGUUGAUGG